AUGUCUGCGUGGCGGGAGACCGCCACGGUGUCGUUGGUUUGGAAGGCGAAGCGGUUGCUCCGGAUUGGCUCAGAGAGGAAGCUUCGGGAAGCGAUCAGAGUGGUGAAUGUGCUGACCAACGAUCUCAUCCACAAGAGGAGGAAGCUGGGGUGCGCCAACGACCAUGAUCUGCUUUUGCGGCACGACGACGAGUACUUGCGGAACAUUGUGGUCAGCUUUCUCCUCGCGGGGCGGGACAUCGGCGCCUCGGCACUCACCAAAAGCUUCUUUUGGCUGCUGGCACGCCAUGUGGAGGUGAGCGGCCCGAUGCGGGAGAAGAUCAAUCGCGCCCUCUCGGGCAGCGGUGAGGCAGUCAUUGUGACGGUGAAUAAGAUGAGGGACAUGCAGUACGUGCACGUAGCGAUCUUCGAAAGCAUGCAAAUUUUCCCGUCGGUGCAGUUCGACUCCAAGUUCUGCACGGCGGACAAUGUGCUGCUGGACGGGAUGGUGGUGCGACGAGGGACGCGGGUGACGUACCACACCUACACCAUGGGGUGGAUGGAGGAGCUGUGA